AAGUUAGUUUCUACACACAACUCAUAGGUUUUUACGUGCAGCACAAUAGACAAGUUAACGAUUUCGAAUUCGUUUCGUAUUUAUAACACAAAAUUGGCAGAGUUGAUAUAUGUAUAGGAUCGAUGGAAGUGCCAGUGAAGGGCAUUCUUGGUAUAUUGGCCACUGCUGGAUCGUUUUUUGCACUGGGAGCUUACUAUCAGCACAUCGAUGUCAUGCGGAGAAUCCGACGAUUGGAGCAACGAAACCCACAUGCCUACUUUAUCAGAAGGAAACUAUACGCACUGCUGGGAAUUUUCGCUGUGCGAGCUGAUAGCGCAGAGUUCGAGGUGCAGCCCGAUGACUGCCACAAGCUGGGCGGGAUCAUGAAGUACGGCUUCCCCAGCACCAAUGACAUCACCCUCAACGAGACCUUUGACUUUGUGACCUCUUUCGAUCGAAGAAACUCUGCGAUUCUGUGGCUGUGCGAGCGGGUAGAUCUGUCCAACCGCGUCGUCUACGGGGAUUCCACAUCCGUGUUACCAGCUGGAGCCUUUAGGCAGUCGGAGGCAGCUCGUGUGUUCUUCCUGUCCAACAUUAAGCCCUUUCUGAACAGAGGCUUCAAUCUCACCGUCUGGGAUCGAUUGCUGCAGUACGUCCAUGAGAUGAGUCAAAGGCAUGGCACUGUGUAUACGUACACGGGAUCGAUUUACUUGCCCCGUGAACUGAAGUCGAACAGUUGGUUCCUGGAGUUCCAGUCGGAAGAGAGGACCAUGGUGGCCGUACCUACCCAUUUCUUCAAGAUCCUGGUCAUCGAUCAGAAGAUCGAAGGGGGCGAUACCAUUCCCUAUGCGGAGGCCUACGUGAUGCCCAACUCUCCGCUGAACAAUAAUGUCGAACUGAGGACCCUUCUCAGCGAUGUCCGGGAAAUAGAAAACGCCACAGGUCUGCGGUUCUUCGAAGGACUCGAUCGUAACUUAGUCAACACCCAAGUGUCCAGUUCAAUACUCCACCCAGUGAACGGUCCUUUGACAAACCCCUUAACUUUGCCGGCGACCAAUAACUUUGACGAUUGUAAAGCUCUCACAUCACACAGUUCUCCUAAGUAGAAUCUAAAUAUAUGUACAAAGAGAUAGUGAUGGCCAUGAGAAA